GAACAUCAUUCCUCAGGACUGGAUCAAGCUGUGGCCUCAAGUGUUGAAAUCCAUGUGUGAGGAGUAAACCACACCAUUGGGACAUUCUAGUCAUGGGCGCCGAGCCACCACGACCUAUCGCUGCGCCAGCACCUAAGCCUUGCUGGAGAAGUGAUAACCAGUUUGAGGGCCCCUGGAUCUCUAUCUAGCAUUUCAUGAUCUGCGUAGCAUUUGAUGAUGGUACACAUAAGAUUUUCUCGGGUAUCCGUGUGGUUAUAUACUGUGCGGGCGGAGAAGGACUUCUCUCACUGAAGUUGCAAGAGUGUCCUAUCCCAUUAUUCGCCAAAGGUAGCCCUAGCACCUUGGUGCAAAAAGGACCUGACGAUUUAGAAGCACACCAACGACCUAGCUCGGCCUCACCCCUUCCCCUGUAUACUCUCCUGUUUGAAAUUGUUGACAAGAGCGAUGCUGACUUUGAGGAAGUAAGGCUGUCUUUACUCCC